GCUUUUAUUUUGAAACGUCAAACGCCCGCCGGAUAUGAUCCCUUUGGUGACAGCUCACGCCAACAUACCGGAAGCAGUAGUCGGUUUUGGUGACGCUGCAUAAGACUGCAAGACAUGGACCGGUCUCGACUGUUCGGCUUGUUCCUCUUCAGCCUGGCUCUCGCUGGAGCUCAGGCGCUCACCCCGGCGCACUACCUCUCCCUGUCCGAUGUGGCCCGACUGCAGAGCCUCCUGAACCAACAAUUCACUGAUCUGGAAUCUGCGUACUACUCGGUGGUUGGUCUGACCAAGCUCGGGGCCACCGUUCACGAUCACGAGGGAGUGUGCCGCUUUCUCAAAUCCCAGCUCGACCCCACUGACGUGAACUCUGUCUUCUUCGCUGCUGAGACCAGUCAGGCCAUUUCAGGAUGCGAGAUCCCCGUGUCCAAUGAAACUCGAGACAUCCUCCUGGCGGCGGUCAGCGAGGAUUCCACCAUGACUCAGAUUCACAGAGCCGUGAGCGCGCUGCGCUCCCUGGGGCUUGCUCUGGCCUCCCAGGAAGUUGUUGGUGCCUUGACUGGUCGCAUCAGCAAGGAGGACAACGUCAUGGCAAUCACUUUGGCUCUGCAAACCGCUGCUCGCCUGUCCAAGCAGGCAGAGCUUGGAGGAAUACUGGAGGAAAUCGAGGACCUUACACCUCGUUUGGAUGAUCUUGGUGGCAUCUACCUCCAGUUUGAGGAGGGACUCGAGGCGACUGCCUUGUUUGUGACGGCCGCUUAUUCCCUGUCCGACCACGUUGACAUGGAGCCCCCUCUGAAGGAGGACCAGGUCAUCCAGCUGGUGAACUCUAUCUUCAGCAAGAAAUCCUGGGACUCUCUGGCCGAGGCCUUCAGCGUGGCAAGCGCCGCCGCCGCUCUCUCCAACAACCGCUUCCACGUGCCGGUCAUCGUCAGCGCCCCCGGGCCCGCCACAGUGUCCCACAGCCAGCCGACCCUGCAGCUCCUUGUCACCGAUGUGAUGUCUCAACCUCUGGCGAUGGCCAACGUGCUGGUGGAAUCUGCGUACGCCGUGGCCUCCAAGAGCGUCAUCCUCAGCCAGGCUCCGUUCACACUUAACGACGGCGUCUUUGAACUGAACUUCAUGUCCAGCAAGCCGACCAGUGGAUAUUACCAGUUCACCGUUGCGGUGACCGGGGAUACCCGGCUUGUUGCCAAUCACGUUGAGCUCAAAGUGAAGGUGUCCACCGAGGUGUCCGUCACCAGCAUGGACCUGUCCGUGGUGGAUAAGGACCAGAGCAUCGGCACAAAGACCACCAGGGUGGACUAUCCGUCCAAAGGCAAGAGCUCCUUCACAGCCGACAGCCACCAAAACUUUGCCAUGUCCUUCCAGCUGGUGGACACCAACACCGGAGUGGAGCUAACCCCUCACCAGACCUUCGUCAAGCUGCACAACCAGAAAACUGGCCAAGAGGUCGUGUUUGUGGCCGAACCCGACAGCAAGUCUGUGUACAAGUUUGAGUUGGACACAGCGGAGCGGAAAUCCGAGUUUAACUCCAUAUCCGGCACCUACUCGCUCCACCUCAUCGUUGGGGAUGCUACGUUGGAGAAUCCCAUCUUGUGGAACGUGGCUGACGUUGUUCUGAAGUUCGUGGAUGAGGAGGCCCCGGUGGCCGUUCAGCCCAAGACUCUUUACAUGCCCAAACCAGAGAUCCAGCAUUUAUUCAGGGAACCAGAGAAGAAGCCUUCCACGGUGGUUUCCAACACCUUCACUGCCCUCAUCCUGUCUCCCUUACUUCUUCUGCUCAUCCUGUGGCUUAAGCUCGGAGCCAACAUGUCCAACUUCAGCUUCACUCCCAGCACCGUUCUGUUCCACGCGGGACACGCAGCCAUGCUGGGCCUGAUGUACGUCUACUGGACCCACCUGAACAUGUUCCAGACUCUGAAGUACCUGGCAAUCAUCGGCGGCUUGACUUUCCUCGCCGGGAACCGCAUGCUGGCCCAGAAAGCCGUCAAGAGAAUUGAGAAGAAAUAAGAGGAUGAAAAAGACACCGACGAAGCUCUUUUUGUUUUUUUGUUUUUUUUUUCAUUUCCAAGGAGUCAUUCAACGAUGCAUCAAAUCAGACUUUUAAACACGGAUUGGCAGUUUAAGAAUCCAAUCGACAGUUUAAAAACGCAGUUUGUCCGCGUUGCCAAAUGGAAGAAAUGGAGAAGUCGCAGCGUUACCGCGGGCGUAAAGCUACUGAUCAUUUGCACUUCAUCUUCCUGUGAGAUUUGUGUUCAUGUUGUCCAACCUGCCAGACUGAUCCAUGUGAGCUGGGGGGGGGGUUUGCAUUUGUUUCAUUUUUUUAUUUCAUCGAUUUGGGGUUUGAUUUGACACUUUCUGCCCCUUUUUUUUUUUUGUACAUUCCUCUUUUUUUUUCGUUCAAUGUCCAUUUCACCUUGUAACAAAAAGCGGUUACUUGUUUCAGCUGGAAACACAAAAACAUUGGUAUUGGCACUGAUCCGUUGAACUAUGCCAGUGAGGUUGCCUGUUUGGUGCAUCAUGUGUUGGAGCGAUCGCGAGUCCCCUACUUGAUAGAGAGUCUGCAUCCCCCAGAAACAAAAUGUCGAUAAAGAAAUGUGGGCAAUUUGAUGUUUUUGUAAUGAAGAAGAGGAAAUAAAGAAGUGGAGGUGAA